CUGUUUCGAGCUGUGGUUCGCACCAUCCACAUGCGCUCAACAUGGACCGCAACGCAGAGAACGUAACACGGCACAUGGACAUGUGCAUCGAGAGGACCUUGGCGGAUGUUGAUCGCUACGACCAGAUAUGGUGCAUGGCCGCGAACUCCUGGAAGUAUCCGUGGUUCAGCAGGCUCGACGGCCGGUGGGGCGUCGGGCCGUGGGUAUGGAUGUGGAGGAACGAGCGCGGGGAGGAGUUCGACCACUCGCCAUAUCGCAGCGAGAGCGAGGAGGCUGACGAGGAGGAUGACUACGGCGUGACCAUCGGCCAGUCGGACUACCAAGUCGACGGGGCUGACGGCCAGCUGGCGGACCAAGUCGACGAGGCCGACGACGCCAUCAAUGUCGACGCGGCUGACACCAUGGUCACGAAUAACGGUGGUCAGCAUGCGGCUGGUGGCGACGAUGCGGAUGGUGGCCACCAGGACGACAUCGCACGCUCCGACUGCAAAGACGAGAUAAUGCCCGCCAGCGCGGACACGGACGCCUCCAGCAGCAAUGGCGAGAGCGCCUCCAGCAGCAAGGGCAAUGACGAGGGCGCCUCCAGCAGCGCGGGCAGCAGCGCAUGCGCCGUGCAGGCAGACAGCAGCCCUGAUGAACUCGUGACCGACGACGGCGGCCUGCAGUAG